CGUAUGAAUCCAACGUGGCACGUUUGAGUAGAGACGCUUCUGUUCAUCUCUGACUUUCUACAGUUUCUUUUACUCUCCGUUUGGUUACAGGCGAGAAACACAACUUCCGGUAGAGUUAGCGCGUGCAGUGUGUAUAUGUGUGGUGCUUUAAAAUCGUGUUCAGUCAGAUACUAAAACAGGAGAGCAGAAGAACAAAGACACGCUGGGACACACGCGCGCGCGGGCAACGAUGAGUUCAGAAAAGCCACCAUUACCAGAAGAUGGAGUUGAGGCGCGGCAGGAGGUGGGGCAGGAGGCGGGGUCUGUGGCAGUUUCUGAAACCCCGGUGGACAGUGUGCGUGAUGGGUGGGACAGUAAGGUGGAGUAUUUCCUGGCUCAGGUGGGAUUCAGUGUUGGACUUGGAAACGUGUGGAGAUUCCCCUACUUGUGUCACCAGAACGGAGGAGGCGCGUUCCUGUUGCUGUAUGUAGUAUUGAUGGUGGUGGUGGGGGUGCCGCUGUUUUUUCUGGAGUUGGCAGUGGGACAGAGUAUCAGACAGGGCAGCAUCGGCGUCUGGAGACACAUCUCACCAAAACUCGUUGGGAUUGGUUACUCCAGCUGUGUGGUGUGUUCCUUUGUGGCCCUUUAUUACAAUGUGAUCAUCGGUUGGAGUAUUUUUUAUUUUUUUAAAUCAUUCCAAAAUCCGUUACCCUGGGCGACCUGUCCUAAAGAGGGGAACACCACAGUACCUGAGUGUGCUGCGAGUUCUCCUACAUCAUACUUCUGGUUCCGUAAAGCUCUGGAUAUUACAGACACUAUUAAUGAGACAGGAGACUUUAACCUGAUACUUACCGGCUGUCUCGCUCUCGCCUGGACCAUCGUCUGUCUCGCCAUGUUUAAGGGCAUCAAGUCUUCUGGCAAGGUCAUGUAUUUCUCGCCUGUCUUCCCGCACGUGGUUCUGCUGUGUUUCCUGAUUCGAGGUCUUACGUUGGACGGAGCAGCAGAGGGACUCAAGUACAUGUUCAGUCCAAAGUUGGAGAUCUGGGCUGAUGUUCAGGUGUGGCGUCAGGCGUUCACUCAGGUAUUCUUUGCCCUGGGUUUGGGUUUUGGCUCCAUCAUCGCCUACUCCUCCUACAACCAGCGUAAUAAUAACUGCCACCGAGACUCCAUCACCGUCUCCACCAUCAACUUCCUCACGUCCGUCCUCGCCUCACUCGUCGUCUUCUCUGUGCUGGGCUUCAGGGCCAAGACCUUAUCCAAGGCCUGCAUCUCAGAGAAUCUAAAGCUGUUAUCUGAAGUGGCCUUGUCCUCUGUUUCUUCAUCCCCUCUUCUCAUUAACAUAACAGAGGUGGAGCUUAUUUCUGUGGAGACAUAUAAACACUGGUAUGAAGUGGAGGGUCAUCAACUCAACCUUGCUGGGUACAACAUCAGCAACUGCAGCCUGGAAGAUGCCAUGAACAAAGGGGUGGAGGGGACAGGUCUGGCGUUUAUAGCCUUCACUGAGGCGAUGACCCUGUUCCCUGCGAGUCCCUUCUGGUCAGCACUGUUUUUCCUUAUGCUCCUCAACCUGGGACUGUCUACGAUGUUCGGAACCAUGGAGGGGAUCCUCACACCCCUGUCAGAUACCUUCUCCUUCCUGAGAAAACACAAACUCAUAUUCACAGUGUGCAGUUGUGUGUUGGCAUUCGUGGUUGGUUUGCUCUUCACACAGCGAUGUGGGAAUUAUUUUGUGGCGAUGUUUGAUGAUUACUCUGCCACACUGCCACUCAUCAUUGUCGUCGUGUUCCAGACCAUCAGUGUUGCCUGGGUGUAUGGAGCAGACAGGUUCCUGAAGGAUAUCACACAGAUGCUGGGUCGGCCGGUGUGUGUGGUGUAUAAGUAUCUGUGGAAGUAUGUGUGUCUGUUGGCCAUGUUGACUCUGCUGACUGCCAGUCUACUGAACAUGUGCCUCAAGCGACCACAAUACACAGCCUGGAACAGAAAUACGGCAUCAGAAGUGCAUUUGCCGUAUCCUGAUUGGGCAUUGGCUGUGCUCUCGUCACUUAUCAUCAUUGCAGUACUACCUGUUCCUCUGGGUUACGCCCACUUUGUGUUACGGCAGCGUUUCAGCCAAUCAGCUCUCGACACCGAGGCAGGAUAUGCCCCCUGCAGCACCACGGACCAGGACUCCGCCCCUUUAAGCACACCACUGAACACAGAUGUGGAUCCUACCUCCUCUACAUUGGCUGAGGAGGGCUACAGACUCCUCCCACAAACAGGGGAGGAGGAAGGGGAGGAGUCUACAGGAGUAUGAGCUGGAGAGAUAAAUUACAGAAAAAGCAAACAGAAACAUGCAGAGAUUUAACUCUUCAUACUCUGUUAGAAACUCUUCAUCCCUUCUGCUGUUAAAGGUGUUCUAAACAUCUUACCCACACACACACACACACACACACACACACACACACACACACACACACACACACA